AUGAACCCCAACUGCAACUGCGCCACCGCCUGCCAGUGCACCACCUGCACCUGCAACAACCUCGUCAACCAAGCCAAGGGCGAAUGCAGCUGCAACGACGGAAAAUGCGCGUGCACUAACUGCACCUGCUCCAGCUGCACUUGCUCCAGCUGCCCCGGCAAAUAA